CUAUGAUUGAAAUGCACGUUUUGACAAGAGUUCAGUUGUAAUUGACUUCCGAUAAAUUAAUAUUUGAGUUUCUGCACGAAUUAAACAGGUUACUUGUAGUGAGGCAACGAUUUAUGCAAUUUGCAGUUCAGGAUGACGAAACCGACUAUUCUCUUUGCGGCCAUGCUAGUUUUCUUGGUAACCAAUGGUUACUGCAGAAACGACAAUGGCAACGUUUUGCGGUUUGAAAAUAAUCCCCACUUCACGUUCCAAGGCUGCAUGCUUCGUUGCUUAGACAAAGACUUGUGUUGCUCAUGUAAGGAAUCUAGCAAACUGUCGAUGAAUGCAGUGAUGGUAAACGAUUUCAGUAAAACAUGUGCAGCCUCAGACAACGAUGCGAAAUGUUCUUCUAGAUGGGUUGAUUCCUGGAUGAAUGUUGAACGUAGUGGAGCCAGCAACUGCACUGUACAGGGCAACGUUGAGACAGAACUUAACCGAUGUGUUAGAAAGUGCAAAGGACAUCCCUUGUCGAAACCACUGGAUCUCUUACACCCCUUACAUUAUCCAGGUCACCUCUCCGAACCUUCGGACCUUUCUAGCUUCACUGAACCAGACUUCACCGAAUUUUGCAAUGACAUUCGGGCAGGCGGUAUUCUGUGUACGUCUUACCGGCAUGACAGCUUUACCGCAGGCAACACACUAUGUCGCUCUGGGAAUCGUUGCGGUUACCAUGGUUACAAAUAUUCCUGGUGUUAUGUUGAUUUUAGUAACGGCUGGGACUAUUGUUGCACUGGACCAUGUGGAUUUGAGAAAGGAACAUCCUACAUGUGGUGUAAAGCUGGAAGUCAGUGGCAGUAUUGUGGAAAUGCUGGCAAAAGAGAUAUCCAAGGAAGACGAUGUAUGACAGAGUAUCCCUGCGGGAUGCACCAGGAAGACGGGAAAGCAAGUUAUUACUGGUGUUACGUAGAUAUGAAAAAGAACUGGGAUAGAUGCUGCGAGCCAUGGGAUCUCUGCACUCCGAAAGGCGAAAUAUACAGCUGGUGCUACACUGGAUACAAGCGGAAGACUAUCUGGAAGAAGUGUAGAAAUUGCAGGGACUCAACUAUGUUUAAUCCUUUCCAGUAACCGGAUGUUCUUCGGCAAUGUUCACUUGACUAACCCUUGAUGUGUUUCUUGUUGUGUGUUCAUAUAACCAUAUAAUGUUACGGAUUGAGUUUGAUGAAGUGUACAUGUGAAAUUUCAGGACCGUAGGAACAGGGGGAUGGGAUGUGCAGCCCCACCCCCACCCCCCAUGAUUUGACCGAUUAUGGUAAUUAUCUUAGCAAUUUUCUGACAGGUAGUCAAUUUUAGCUGAUUUUCAUAGUGUGUGCUUUCCACCCCCCCCCCCCCCCCCCCACCUCCCAUCUGAAAAUACCUCCUACGGGCCUGAAUUUUUGUUGAGCCGCGCCAUUAGAAAACCCAAACUCCAAAGCAGUGAUCUCCCUUGCCGCUUCGCUCAUUGUUCAAAGCUGCAAGGGAGAUCACUGCGUUGGAGUUUGUAGAAAACCAACAUGGAUUUGCGACGAGCAUGGAGCCAGUCUGGAUCAUUUUAUAGACAUAUACAGAUGGAAUAUUAAUUCUCACGAAACCGGUUUUCUCAUAACAUAUAUAGAUUAUUUCUUAAUUUCACGAGCCCAAUUUUGAUAACCUGGCCUACGUAUGCAAGGUUAGCAUAGAAUUUGAAGAACAGUUUAUUCCGCUUUUCAUUUUAAUGUUACUCAUGUUUACCACUGAUAAUGCAUCAUUGUUUGAAUUUGAUGGUCAGAUUCCUAACUAGAAGAUUUGUCACGUUUUGUGCCUUAUUAUCUUAUUAUCUUAUAGCGACAACUGUAACAAGAAUUAACUGGAUGAAACACAUUUAAUUGAGUCACAUAGUAUUAAUCAAUUAUGGAUAUAUUUCCUCAAUAAACAUCCUAUUAAACUUUAA